CAAGAACGCGGGAAAAAUGAUAAUCUAAAAGCAAAGGAAGAUAGGAAUGUACACAAGUAACAGUAGUCACGAGAGAUAGGCAAGUAAAACCCUGAACCCCAGAUGCUUUUAUGGCACUUAAAAAAAUGUAGUUGAAAAAAAUAGAACUGAACGUGUUGAAAACUAGGAAUCUUAAAAAUAUUGCUUUGUGCUCCAAUGGUACCCUUUAAAAAGUGUGAAAUUCUCUUCAACACGAAUAUAGCAACCACCAGCUAGGUUAGUUACUUACUGGACGUCCAAGUGUUUCAUAACUAUUAUUCAUUUGACAUUAACUUUUCACGGAGAUAUUGAAAUUAGGACAACGAAAAGUACUUUACAGGGCUAUCUGUCUUCAAGGUCAGGAGUGUGAUUUGCAUUCUCAUAAAACUAUACUUCACGGACGAGCCAGUCAAAAUCGCGAAUGUGAAAUUCAAGUAUCAUGUGUAACAAGCAGCAAAAGCUCUUUUUUUUAACUGAAAAUGACCUCGUUUGAUGCCGAAAAAUCUGUAACUGAUCCGAAUAUCGAGAUACAAUGGGCUGAACAUUGUUUCCGUGAUGCAGAAGAUUAUUUUCGCUUACUUUGUUCAGUCUCUGACCCCUCACAAUUAAGACUUACUGCCAUAGAUGAUUUCAUAUACGACAAAUUUAUGGGAGAGUUUAGUGAUAUACAAUUAGACGUUAUUUCUGAAGAUUCUUUGAAAUCGGAGCAAUCAAAAGCAAAAUGGCGAUCAUUUUGCAAUGAGUUUGAAAGGAAAGUUGAAGAUUUCAACUUCGGUACUUUAUUGAGACUUGAUGCCUCAAAAGGAUACUGUCCAGAAAACACCUGCAUCGGUAGGAUAUUUUUCUAUUUAAACGUUUUUUGUACAGUUCCUUGCCUUAGAAAUCGCACGUAA